CGAAAAACUAAAAGAUGGGGAUGGGGAGCUGAAUUUUACAACAACGAAUAAUUUGCCAUAUGAGAUGAUUUUAAAACUAUCUAUUGUGCUGUGAGGCUGUGACAUGCAUUGGCAUUCAGUUCAUAACUGCUCAGUGGUUCUGUUUCGUAAAUAAGUGCAGUUUUUGUGACGUUGCAAAAAUGGCCACGCAGCCGAGCGAUUAUACGGAGUUUCCUGCCGAGAUAAUAGUGAAGCCGCUGGCGCUGGUGGGGCUGGCGGGGCUGGACACGGUGAACAACGCCGUGCACAAGGCCGUGUGGGAUGCCUUCUCCAACCAGCGGCGCGCCGACCGCUCGCCCGUGCGCUUCAAGCUGCUGCACAACACGCUCGAGUUCCCCGUCGUCAAGCCCAAGCGGAACUCGUACGAGUGGUACAUCCCCAAGGGCAUCCUCAAGAAGAACUGGAUCAACAAGCGCGUGGCGCUGAUCCCCGCCGUGGUGGUGAUCUUCUACGACAUGGAGUGGAGCGACCCGCAGUGGAGCGAGAAGAUCAUCGAGUGCGCGUCGCGCGUGCAGUCCAUCCGCGCGGCCGUGGAGGGGCACGCCACGCGCGUGGCCGUGGUGGUGGUGCAGAGCGGCCUCGCCCCGCCGCCCUCCGAGUACAUGCUGGGCGCCGAGCGCGCGCAGGCCCUCUGCGCCGCCUGCGAGAUACAGUCCAAGGCCCUCUUCGUACUCCCCCACAGUGACCAUCUCAUGGGGUACAUCAUAAGGCUAGAGAAUGCAUUCUAUGAUAUAGCCCAGAACUACUACCAUCAUGAGACAAAGAACAUCAAGCAGCACAGAGACCAUCUCAAUAAAACCACACAUCAGUAUUUGUUUGUCAGACACCAGUUCAAGCUGGGUUACCUGAAUGAGCUGAAGCAGGACUUCAGCACGGCACACAAGCACUACCUGCAUGCGUACAACAACCUGCUGGAGACCCGUACUGUGGACACUAAUGUCAAUGAGGUCAGGACCGUGGCCGGAUACAUCAACUACAAGCUGUGCAAGUUACUGUUUGCCUUGAACUUGCCAAGAGAUGCUAUAGCACAGCUGAAGUCCCACAUUGAUAGAUACAAGAGCAGAGUUGGUGCUACUGAGCUCUUGUUUGAGCAUUAUGCAUGGAUUGCAAGACAGUACAGUGCCUUUGGAGAGUUGUUUGAUGAGGCAAUCCGAGCUGGCCUGCCUGCCAUCCAGUCCCAGCACCCGGGCUUCUACUACCAGCAUGCAGCACAGUUCACUGUGAAGAGGAGACAGGCCAUGAGGUCUGUGUGCAGUGAUGUGACACAGUACCCUCCUGCUCCUGACCCCUUAGAGGGCAUCAUAGAGUACUAUGGGCAGCGGCCAUGGCGUCCAGGCAGACUCAGUGCAGACCCUCAUGAUCCACAGAAGGAGCAGGCAGCUGUAAUGGCUCUACAGUUCAAUGAGAGGAAUUUCAAUCAUUCCACUUUGAUCAUCAGUUUCCUUGGCAGUGCUAUAACUCAGUUUAAAACAUUCCAUUCACCACGGAUGAGGAAGCAGCUAGUUGUGGAGAUGGCCAAUGAGUAUUACUUCUGUGCUGACUACGGCAAGGCUCUGACCCUGCUGAGCCACAUGCUGUGGGACUACAGGAGAGAGAAGUGGUGGUUCCUGGCCUCCCAUGUGCUGAACCGUGCCCUGCAGUGUGCCUACCUCUCAGCAAAGAUACAAGACUACUUGCAACUUUCAAUAGAGGCGCUUUCUAAACAUAUUCAAGUUCCCAACAAUGAUAAGGACAGGAUUUUCAGAAACAUCAUGAAUGUCCUGAACAUGAACAUUCCCGGUCCAGAGCCAGACCUGCCAGCUUCCUCACAAGCCAAGGCCCUGGAGCUGUGGCAGCUUGCCGUGGAGAAGGAGCCCCAUGCUGUGGCUGUGGACAUGACCAAUAUUUCAAGCUUCCUAGAAGUCAAAACCAAAUUCAAACAACCCAAAUUCAGAAUGGAUGAGACCAUUGAAAUUGAAUUGUAUGUGAGAUUAAGUUUUGCAAAAGUUCUUGAAGUGAAAACAGCAUUUAUCACAGUAUCUAGUCAAACAGAAACCAUUGAAAUACCAGUCACAGAUAAUGAAAACUCUACCAUCAAACUGGAAGGAGGAAAAGUCAGAAAAUUCGUGAGUAAUUUUAAGUCAGCACCUCAGGAUAGUGGAACCGAUUUACAUAUCAAGAAUGUCACAUUUGUGUUGGACUCUGGAAGGAAAAGGAAAGUUUCUCUAAAUUUCAAAAUGGAAGACAACAACACAGUGAACACAGCUGUUCAUCCAGAACUGCUGCACUUCAUUCUCAGUCCCAAAGCAGACCAUGAGUUUGACUGCAUUGUGCCAUCAACCACUGCUCAGAUCACGGCACGAGAUUGCAAAAUGACCAUGGAGGUGGAGAAUGCAAGUCCAGCUCUUCAGGGGGAGUGGUUCCCCACCACACUCACUAUUACUAACAAUGAAAAUAGCUCUAUUUAUGAUAUGAAAAUGUCCCUUUCCCUGCUGAGUUCACCUGACAAUCCCAACCCAGAAACUGUCACUGAACUAGCAGUAGAAGAAAGAAAACCACUAUCACAGCCUUUGCAGAUACCCCUUCAAAGUACUUCCUUAGACCAAUUGUCUAGCAUCUCCAACAAAUUCUACUUGAAGUCAAAUAGAACAGCUACUAUCACAAUCCAAGCAAAAGUGUCAUACCACAUCAAUCUACCUGAUGUUAAGAAACUAGAGUGCUCUAAAGACUUUACAGUUAAAAUAACAGUAGUGAAACCAUUUGAGGUGUCAGCAAACUUUGUUGCUAUGAAUUUUAAGCCAAUUACAAAGUGCUUUGUAGAUGACCCUUUUAUAGUUAUGCCUCAAAUAAAGAUACUAAGUCCAUGGGACCUGUUGAUAUUAGACACAGAACUAGACAUUACAGAUUGCUACAGAUACGCUGAUGAGGACAAGCCAGCCAGCUGCAUCAGCAAUCUGGUGGUUGCUGAACAGAACAUUGCAUCUGAUGCCAUUUGUGUGCAAGCUAAAUGCAAACCAAAAGAUGUUCCAAUGCGAAUGGGGCUGUAUAAUAUAAAAUGGAGGAGGAAGUCUGGAUCAGACACAGCUGUGAUGAGCAGCACAACCCUGCCUGGUCUGCCCAUAGAUGAGUGUCCGGUGGCUGUGCACGUGAGCUGCCCCGAGGUGGUGGAGCUGCAGACCACGGUGUCACUGAAGUGCACUCUGAGGGGCAAGUCUGACGCGCCAGUGCGACUGAGCCUGACUGUUGAAGGCAAUGACGCCUACAUGUUUGCUGGCUACAAGAAGCUGUCUGUGACGGUCCCCCCGGACGAUGCGGUGGAGCUGGUCUAUAACAUCCACCCCCUCACCGCGGGCAACACCACCCCGCCCAGGUUAAAAGCCACUUUACUUGGAGAAAAUGUAAACCAAGACCCAGUGAGAGAAAUGUUUGAAAAGAAUUUCCCUCAGAAUAUAUUUGUUAUGCCUAAGUACAAUAAAUAAAUUGAUAUAAAUAAAAUUUAUUGUUAGUAUUAGUUUCUCUUGAAUAUAUUGUAAAUAUGAACAAAGUACCUAAAUGAAUAUCUUGUAAUUACUAUGAUUUUAGCAAUAAUAAAUUCAGUUAUAAUUGUUGA